ACGACCAGGAAGACCCCCCAAGCGUUCACUAGGAGUUGCGAUACAAGAAAAUGCACGUCUUCUGCCCCAUGGAGUUCCAGGCCUCUUAUCACCAGGACUUAUCUCUCCGACAGGUCUGACAGCAGCUGCCAUGGCAGAGGCUAUGAAGUUACAGAAAAUGAAACUUAUGGCAAUGAAUAGCCUUCAUGGAAGUGGAAGUCAAAAUGGAACAGAAUCAGAAAAUGAGGAGCUCAAUUCUAAUGCAGGUGGGAGUGAAUCCUCCUGGGAUAAAGACAAGCUUCAGUCUCCCAUUACAACAGGAUCACAGCACAGCAUUGGUCAUCCCACACUGUCAGGGCAGUCGAGCCUUGGAAGUGCACACCCACUCAGUCCUCUCCAGCAGAAUCACCUGCUCACCAACAGGAUAGACCUGCCGUUUAUGAUGAUGCCCCACCCUCUGCUUCCCGUCAGCCUACCUCCCGCUUCGGUUGCAAUGGCAAUGAAUCAGAUGAACCACCUCAAUACGAUAGCUAACAUGGCUGCAGCAGCCCAAAUGCACAGCCCUCUUUCCAGGGCAGGGGCCUCUGUUAUAAAGGAAAGGAUUCAAGACAGCCCAUCUCCAGCUCCGUCUCUAGAAGACAGUCAGCGGCCUGGGAGCCACGCUUCCUCCCACCAGAGCAGCAGCGUGUCCAGCUCGCCGUCCCAGUUGGACAACACACCAGACAGAAUUGCUAUGCUGACCAACAGCAGGGAAGGAGAACUCAUUGAUCAAGAAACUGGGACCAGCCUAAAAAAAAUACAAAAGGAGAAAGAAGAGGUCCAAAUUGCCAUUCCAAUAAUGAAACCAACCUUAGAUAAAGUCCAACUGGCUGGACAGGCCUUGCCUCCUGGAUUUCCGGCGCCAUUUCUUUUUGCUGAUGGUCUUUCAUCAGUAGAAACACUAUUAACCAACAUUCAGGGCCUACUGAAGGUGGCCGUGGACAAUGCGAGAGUCCAGGAGAAGCAGAUACAGCAAGAAAAGAAAGAGUUAAAGAUGGAGCUUUGUAGAGAGAGAGAACUAAGAGAGAGCUUGGAAAGGCAACUCACAGCUGAGCUGCAAAGCAGAGCAACAAUUCAGAAACGCUUGAAGAAAGAAAAAAAGGCAAAGAGAAAAUUGCAGGAAGCUUUGGAAUUUGAAUCGAAGAGAAGAGAACAAGUGGAACAGGCGCUCAAACAGGCCACAUCAGGUGACGGUCUCAGGAUGUUAAAUGAUGCUGGAAUCCCAGAUAUGGAAAUAGAACACAACGGAACCCAACAUGACAGUGCAGCAAUGCAAGAAAACAGAACAUACAUCAAACCCACUAUUAUGUACUGAAGGAAACACCUAUUGUUGAAAAAUGUAUAAUGACCACUAUUUGAAGACUAUAUAGUUCAUGAAAAACGUCCCUUCCAACCUUUGAUGCCUUCAGUACUGUGUGAAGAACAGGAUUUGUAGCAUGAAACUUGAAGGACAAUUUCAAGCAAUUUACUGUUGCUGCAUCGAAAACUGCCGUAUUAAGAAAUAUUGAGACUUUUUACAAGCUUACCAUACCAAACCAAGCCUGUUGCAACAGAUCAUUUUUAGGUCCCCAGAGAUAGAAAGGAGUUUUAGUAUUUUUAAGCACAUGCAGGAAUUAUUCCCCCUUCCCCCCAAAAAAAAGAACUUUUUUUUUUUUUUUCUAAGGAGGUAGCUAUUACUGUAUAGCAAUGGCACAAUGAUUUUAAGCCACAAAGGUCCUCACUGGCUGUACAUCAUACAAGUCCAGUUUAUCACUGAAACUGUUCAACAUGGAGCUGUUUCGAUUGUGUUUAUAAAUUAAGCUUUGUUUACUGAAGCAGAUACUCGAUAUAUAUUACGUUUUAAAAAGAAAUGUGUGUACAUUUUUUAAAAGAAUGAUGUAAAAAUUGUCCUUUCAUUAGAUGACCAAUUCAAAAGUGUGAGCUAAACCCUAAUAGCUGACGUAAUAUGAGGAUUAUAAUUGAUGCUUUUUUUUAUGCUCAGUUCAGCUUGGCUUUUGGUCUUUUAAGAUGAAAAAAUGAAUAUGCAGUAGAGUGUUAGAUAAUGGAAACUUUUAAGUAUGGUUUCUCUGUUGUACCAUAUUAAGUUAAAGUACACAUUCUUUGUUAAAAAUGUUCUUGCUAAAAAUACAGUAUUAAAAAUUUUUUUGUUUGA